UGCCUCAGCAUAGGCCUGGACGAGGUGGUCAGUGCUUUGCUCACAAGGGACAGGGGCAGCUUUGGGCCGAGCCCAAGGUGUGCAGCUCCUGCCACAGGCCUCGCACCUCCACCUCGCAGUAGGCACCCGGGUAUGGCUGCACCAGCAAUUAUGCUUCCUGCAAAGACAUUCCCAGUACAGCAAAGUGUGGGAGACACCAACACUAUCAUUGUGAGGCAGAAGACAGUCCCAUCUCUCCUGCCUGGUAACAAAAGAAGGAUUGUACGGGGAGGCAGAAAUCCUCUGCCACUGGCCUGGUGCUCUCCUCAUCCCAGCCGGUCUCUGCAGGGUGCUCAUUAGCAGAUGUGUUUUCUUGGAAUUUCAGGCUUCAAUUGAUUCCCCAAGAUGUUUGCAAAAGCAACAAAGAAUUUUGUGAGAGAAACUGACAGUGGAGGUGACUUAAUCCCUGUCUCCCAUUUGAACGCCUCAGACAAGCUGCAACUUAUGAGCUUAGUUACGAAGAGAAAGAAGUUCUGGUGCUGGCAGAAGCCUAAGUAUCAUUUCUUGACAGUCACCCUGAGUGAUGUGCUUACUGAAGACAAACCGAUCAAACCAGUAAUCGUGGAGUCUGACUUUGCAAAAUAUAUGGGGAAGUUUGAAGAUUCUGUUCAAGGAAGCAUUGAAACUUCAUUUGGAAAGAUCAGCCUGGGAGCUGGAGGAAGGGGCUAUGUGGAAAACCAGUCCUCAUUUGGAAACCUAAGGAAGCAGGAGAUUGACUUGCAGCAGCUUAUGAAAGACGUCAAGGAUAGAACAAUAAAUCUAAACAGUAGUUUACUGCAACAAGUAAUGGAAAGGAAACGUGAAGUGCUGUGCAUCUUGAGAGAAAAGAUAAUAACAACUCAGAAGUGUACAAUAACUGAACACAUCCAGACAGAAGAAAAAAUCAGUGGUGUGGUAGGAUGCAGCACAAAAAUAGUAAAGGUUUCAGUGAGUGAAAGUGGAAGUAUGAUGAAAGAUUCUAGUGUGAUCCUUGAAAUUCCUCCUGCAACCACUAUUGCCUACGGUGUAAUUGAACUGUUUAUAAAGCACAGUGGCCAGUUUGAAUUCUGUCUGCUGGAUGAACAGCAAGGAGGUUUUGAAAAAGAAAGCACAGAAGGGUCAACUUGUCCCCAUUCAGCGCUAUUCAGAGAUGCUUUGUUUCUCUAUCAGCCAGAUGCUGUUGAUAAUGAGAUGUACUCUGGGGCAAAAAACCUCAUUCCCAGUGAUGCUUCUUUAAGUGUCUUGAAACAAGAUCUGUCACGGCUGAAGGCUCAGUUCCAGCCCUUUGUGAAGCUGCCAGAAGACAAGCGAAGAGCUUUAUAUAAAACCCUUUGUGAGCUCUUGCUCUGUGAAGAAAUGGUGACUGCCCUGGAGGACGUGGUAGAUGAUAUCUGCAUGGGAGACAAGCCAGACCUGAAGGAGUUAAUACCUGCACAACAACGAGACCUCCUGGACUUGUUAGAGCUCAUAGGGUGCAGGUUGCAGAAGGAGCUGUUGUUGCAGAAGUGCCAGCCUCAGGAUGAAGAACUCUUCUCAGCUGCUCACCUUCUCAUCAGUGCUGUCUCUGAGCUGCCUGGUUGUACUCUUGUCCUGCUGCGUGCCUGCUGUGAUCUUCAGGUGGUUCCAGCGUUGUGUUGUUUGCCAAACAUCGCUGCAGCUGAUGGCACUGUGGUGCUGAGCAGUCCUUUGGUGGCGACUCUCACGGACAGAGGAAGAUUUGAUGUGGUGCAAAGGCUGUUUACUUCAUCAAACAUUCGUUUGGAAAUGACAGAGUCUUCUGUGAAAGCUGUAACUAUGAAAGAACCUAGAUUCUUCCCACUGGUUCUUUAUGUUGCAUUGUAUGGGUUUUCUGCUUUAGGUGGGAAUAUGUAGGAGUUUCGCUGCAUUAUUGCUCCAGCCUGUUCUUCUGUAGCUCUGCAGUGUAGUGUUGGUGUGUUUGAGCUAGGAGUAGAGCCACUGGGUUGAGUGCAUAGGACAAUCUGGGCAGGGGUUAUGGUGGCCAGGCUGGGCUCUGCAGGCCCGGGGUGAGCACUCUGCACUGCCUCAGGCGCGCUGCUGCUGCUCCGCAGCUUCACUGAGACCUGUGGCUGCAGUGGGAAAUGCAGAAAUAAGGGGUGGAGGAUCAGAAAAGACAAGCCUGGAACAGGAAUUGAAUGUAGCUGUUCUGGUCGAGUCACAUCUGUGGGGCUUUAGAACCUGAUUGUUUGCGUUUAUAUGCAUGGGAGAAGACUGUGCGGUACAAACUGCUUUGUGUAAGCAAGCAAACCAGCAGGCUGUGGAAGGCUGGGGUCUGCAAUGCAGCAGCUGCUUUGCUCACUUAGGACUUGAUGUAGGGAAUGCCUUUACUCCGGAGCAAGCAGAGUGGAGGGCUCUCAAAGAGGUACUUGAUUAAGGUUUCGGUAAUUCGGUGUAGUUUGGCUUUACGGAUGUGAAUUGCACUGCAGGAAAUAAACCUUUUUCCAAAAGGAAGAGCACUUUGGGGCUUUGUGCCUCUGUUCAGCAUUUUGGUUUUCCAGGAAGUUUUUACUCACCUCAGCAAGUUUCUGCUGUUUAAGUUGUGUCCUGAACGUUCUCUUUGAGGCACCGCGGUGCCUUUCAGUGUGCGCAAAUGCCACAGAAAUGAUCAUUUUACCCGUGUGACGUUUUAAGUGCAGAUGUUUUGAUUGUUUGACUAAAAGCAAAGUGUUGGUACAGCCGCCCAGGGCUGUUGGGCUUGGAGCUCUUUUGCCCUUUUUUCAUUGUAAUUUUUUUGUAAUGAUGUGGAUGGGACAAAUGCAGUCGAGACCACUGUAAAUAUGGGCUUGGGAAGGUGAUGUUCCAGGUAAGUGGAAUGUCAGUGCUUCCAGGCAAGACUGAGACAGCUGACAGACAAGCAGGCAGCUGUGCGUGCGUGGAGGUGACCAGUAACCAACCCCUGCAGCUGAGCUGGAGGCUUAAGUCCUGCCGUCAGCUUUCUGCUCGAUUCCCGCAUGCUCUGGAGCAGAUUGUCUAAGCCUGACCCGUCAGUUCAGCUUUCCCUGGGGAAGUGACUUUGCAAAAAAGCCCUACAGUCCCUUUCCAUACCCUGAGAGUGCCUGAUCCCUGGCAUGCUGGGCUGCUGCACGUCCUGUGUCUCAUCUGGUCAGUGGAGCUGAUGGUGUUGCCCAAACCUUGCACUGGUGUCUCUAUCUGGAAGCAGCUUUCAGGAGCAUGGAAGCACAUUACUCUGCUUCCAGGAGGAUGUGUUUGUGUGAAUGUCUUUUGCUAAUCACUGUUCAAAAGUUGCCUCUGUAACUAAUUUAUCAACAUAUUAUGUCAAAACAAUAGAAUAACUUACAACCUCA